AUGACAAAGGGAUUUGAGAUUAAUCAAGAGAAUAAUGAAGGAAAUGGCGGCAAGAGUAGUAAUGAUAAUGAGGGUGAGGAAAAUUCAUUUGACAUAAAUGAAGGAGCGGCUAUGAGUGAUGAUGAGGAAUUAGAAGAAGAGAAUAAUAAUGAAGCAAAGGAGGAGGAGGAGGAUAACAAUGAAGAAGGGAAUUUAACAAACCCAAGUAGCAGCAGCACAGCAUCAAGAGAAGGGAAGAGAGGGAGUGGUGUGAGGCAAUAUGUGAGAUCAAAGAUGCCAAGGCUUUGUUGGACUCCUAAUCUUCAUCUCUCCUUUGUCCAUGUUGUUCAGAGGCUUGGAGGUCAAGAAAGUUCCUUAUCUAGGCAACUUUCUGUGCAAAGCAGUUUUGCUGAAGCUGCUGCAAUGACAGGUUAA